AUGUCAACAAAUACAAUCAGUACAAACGUCCAAAGUAAGGACUUGAAUGGGUUAUCAUUAAUUGCAGCCCAUUCACAUAUAUCCGGCUUAGGUUUAGAUGAAAAUUUGAAACCAAAGGAAUCCUCCCAAGGUAUGGUUGGUCAAUUAAAGGCUAGAAAAGCAGCCGGUGUGAUUCAAAAAUUAAUUCAAGCAGGUAAGAUUGCAGGUCGUGCUGUAUUGGUAGCUGGUCCACCAUCAACCGGUAAGACUGCUAUUGCAAUGGGGUUAUCGCAAAGCUUGGGGUCAGAGGUUCCAUUCACUGCAAUCGCCGGUUCCGAAGUAUUCUCAUUAGAUUUAUCGAAAACCGAAUCUUUAACUCAAGCCUUUCGUAAAUCAAUUGGUAUUAAGAUUAAAGAAGAAACCGAGAUUAUUGAAGGUGAAGUUGUUGAAAUUCAAAUAGAUAGAUCAAUCACUGGUGGUCACAAACAAGGUAAACUUACAAUUAAAACCACCGACAUGGAAACUAUUUACGAACUUGGUAAUAAAAUGAUUGAAGGUUUAACUAAAGAAAAAGUUUUAGCCGGUGAUAUUAUUUCAAUUGAUAAAGCAUCAGGAAAAAUUAGUAAAUUAGGUAAAUCUUUCACUCGUGCUAGAGAUUAUGAUGCAAUGGGACCAGAUACUAAAUUUGUUCAAUGUCCAGAAGGUGAAUUACAAAAAAGAAAAGAAGUUGUCCACACGGUUUCUUUACAUGAAAUUGAUGUUAUAAAUUCUAGACAACAAGGUUUCUUGGCCCUAUUUUCCGGUGAUACUGGUGAAAUCAGAUCUGAAGUUCGUGAUCAGAUCAAUACAAAAGUUGCUGAAUGGAAAGAAGAAGGUAAAGCAGAAAUUGUUCCUGGUGUUUUAUUCAUUGAUGAAGUUCAUAUGUUAGAUAUUGAAUGUUUUUCAUUUAUAAAUAGAGCUUUAGAAGAUGAUUUUUCUCCAAUUGUUAUAAUGGCUACUAAUAGAGGUAUUUCUAAAACUAGGGGUACAAAUUAUAAAUCACCUCAUGGUUUACCAAUGGAUUUAUUGGAUAGAUCAAUUAUUAUUCAUACUUCUUCUUAUAACGCUGACGAAAUAAGAACUAUUUUAUCUAUUAGAGCCACCGAAGAAGAAGUUGAAUUAUCUAAUGACGCUUUAGCUUUAUUGACUAAAAUUGGACAAGAAACUAGUUUAAGAUAUGCUUCUAACUUAAUAGCAGUCUCCCAACAAAUAGCAUCUAAAAGAAGAAGUAAUACUGUUGAUUUGCCUGAUAUCAAAAGAGGUUAUAUGUUGUUCUUGGAUUCUGAAAGAUCUGUCCAAUACGUGGAAGAAUUUUCAAGUCAAUUUAUCGAUGAUAAUGGUAAUGUUACAUUAGGAGCUCCUGCAGGUGUUACCAAUGAUCCUAAAGGUUCAACUGCUUCAGUCUCAGAAAAUACUUCCGUCCCAGCACCUUCUAAUGAUGACAAGAUGGAGACUGAUUAG